UUGGAUCUUGAAYAGAUAACAAGCUUUGUGGACUUUUCGUCGAUGGCAAAACUCUAGCUUUCUUUCAGCCGUCACAGUGAUAAAUUCAUGGACUAGCAAUCAAGUGGCAAAGAGUUCCAGCUGAUUUUUGCGUCCUGCCGAUUUGCUAAUCAACAAAGAUGGCGAACCAGACAACAGGCAUUUUGAACCCAGGGUAUUCUUCAAGCCCUCCUCCAGGAAAAUCAGUUCUUAAAGAAGCAGUUGACGCUGUUGUAAAUUCUUUUGCUAAACAUGCUCAAGGAUUUGGAGGAGCUGUAAAUGUAGAAGAUGCACUUCAAGAGUUCUGGCAUAUGAAAAACCCAUCUCGUGCAAAUACUGUGAGAUACGAACAGGAGACAUUAGAUAAGCCUCCAUAUGUUUGCUUUGUAAUUCUGCCAGAAGGAAGUUGUUUUGGCAGCUUUCAGUCCUGUCCUACAAAAGCAGAAGCCAAGAGAAGUGCCGCUAAGAUUGCAUUGAUGAAUUCAGUAUUUAAUGAACAUCCAUCAAGGAAAAUUACAGAUGAUUUCAUUGAUCUGGCAGUAAAAGAAGCUCAAGAAACGGAAAAAAAGAUUUCCAUCAAAAGAAGAACAGUAUCACUACAAUCUCAAGAUCCCAAUGACCCAAGUACAGGAGUUGGAGCUUUUAGAUUCAUGUUGGAAGCCAACAGAGGUCGUACCAUGCUGGAAUUCCAGGAACUCAUGACCAUUUUCCAGUUACUUCACUGGAAUGGUAGUUUAAAAGCUAUGCGUGACCGUGACUGUUCACGACAGGAAGUACUGURACACUACAGUCAUCGAACAAUUGAUGAUGACAUGCGAAGUCAAAUGGCACUUGAUUGGAUCUCYCGUGAGCAAGAACAGCCAGGAAUCAUUAAGAAAGAGUUAGAUCGCUCUUGUAAGGAGCUUGAACAUUGCCGUCUCUCUGGUCGUGAGUUAAGAUUUCCUAAAGAAAAAAGAGAUAUUCUGAGAAUGGCAUACAACCAGCUGCGAAAUUGCUAGAGCUGUUGUUGUUAUUAGUCCUUGUUCAUGGUAAAAGUAUGAAAAAUAGCUUUGGGGGAUCUUUUUCUGGUAUAAUACAUAAUGUUGCUAUUAGUGUUCUCAGAAUUUCAGACAGGUUUUUGACUUGAAAACCAUUUCUAGUAAUGCAAGCCCCCUUGAAAAGCCUCCCUUUGUGCCAUUGAUUCUGAACUGAUACAUUCUUGAAGAAUUUUAUACUUUGUUCUCUAUUCUCCACCUGAUUUUUACCUUUUGGACGGUCAGUAGAAUAGGAAWUGACACAGACCCAUAAUAACAUAUUCAACUUACUCAGAUUUUAUUGGUACUCCUGGGUCCACGCAGACGUUCUUGAUCUUAUAAUAUAUUAUUUGAUUUAUAUAGAGCUUGUAAUAUAUAUUUGAAAUUCAUCAAUUAAUAAAUACUGCUUCUCAGAAAAA